AUGUCGGCAAAGGACCUCGUUGCUCAAGAGUUGCAUGCUGUCGUCGGUAUGAUGAUGGAUGCCAUAGGCUCAAGAGAAGCCGAAGCGUUUGCUGUCGCGAAAACGUACCAAGAGAAAACCAUGGGGUGCGUCGAGGUGAUUGAGAGUCGCCAGGUGCGAGAGCGUGAGAUAGCAUGCUUGCGCGCCGAAGAAGACGCCAGCUUGUUCCACAAGUUGAUUGAAGACGCAAGGACUAUGAUCAAGGUCAAAAGGCAGACCCGAGAAGGUAUUCUGCAAGACCUCGAAAACACAGUCACGAAGAGGAAGGCGCUUGUUGAUCGCUCGACAUCACAACUUGACAACUUGGGCCAGUCUGACACGGAUGCUGGUCAGGCCCCCUGA